UAAAGCCAACCGCUGGGACUUGCAUUGAGCCCCGGCGCAGUUUGUAAACGUCAUAUUAUAAUCUAAUUGAUAAUUUGAGAGAAUGGUGGCAUAGAACGUCAAUGUGCCUUUCCCAAGUAUUUUAUCAUGAUUAAUGAAAUCUGACCACUAUACCCCAUCUAUAGGUAUGUCGUCUAGGCAUGUUUUAGUUUCCACAUAAAUUGGCAUCGAAAAGGCAAAACAAGGUCCGUGAUGUUGUACGUGUCACACUAUUGGCUGUAUUCCAGAAAUGUCUUGUGUAGUUCUUAAAACCCACCCGAACAAAAACAAGUAAUAAAAAACAUUCUAUUCUCAAUUCAUUGAAAUUGUUUUACAAUAAACAUGGUGAUGACAAUGGAUACUUUUUGCACCGCUGACAUGAGAAUUUUAUGCUAAUGGUUACAUCGGAACUACAUUUCCCAGAGGGUACUACAAUCUUAUUGACUGUUUUGAGAGGAGAGGAGACUGCUUUCAACUCUCCUCAUUUAUAGCCAGCAGGAACACGUCGUUGGGGAUUUUUAUUUAUUUAUGUUUGUAUCGUCGAUAGCUGGUCCAUAACGAUUUGUUGUAUAACUAUCAGUUUCAAAGUAACAUUUAAAAAAUAUAUAUUCAUUGUCACUGGACCAAUAGCUAACAGCUUGUGCUAACUAGCUUGCUUCACGGCUUAGCUAGGUCGGUGAGCCUAGUUAGUUACUAAAAUACCAACACAUUUUUUUAGUAUGAGUUUUUUUGAGUUAUUUGAUACUGAUAACUAGCUAGAUAACAGAUAUUGCGCGAUUUCAAAACAAAUCCAUCUACUUGAAUCAAAAGAGAGAUUAACUAACUAGCCAUUGUGCGCAUCGAGGAAAUCGCAACAAAGAAAACGUUUUUAGUUUUGCUGGAUCAGCUGGCUCGCUAGGUUGCUAGCUGUGUUGUAAACGACGACGUUCCCCGCUUAACGUUAGCAAUAUUAACUAGUUGGCUAUCUUGCCAUGGCGCAACAUGGUCCUGUUCACGUAGCAAGCUCACAAAAAGCAUUAAUGCUAGAAAUGAAGAGCCUUCAAGAGGAGCCAGUCGAAGGCUUCAAAAUAACAUUGGUCGAUGAAGCAGAUCUCUACAAUUGGGAAGUGGCAAUUUUUGGACCUCCUAACACUCACUAUGAAGGGGGCUAUUUCAAGGCUCGUAUCAAGUUCCCGGUUGACUACCCCUACUCGCCACCUGCCUUCCGUUUCCUCACCAAGAUGUGGCACCCCAACAUCUAUGAGAAUGGGGACGUAUGUAUAUCCAUUCUGCACCCUCCAGUUGAUGACCCUCAGAGUGGGGAGCUGCCCUCUGAGAGGUGGAACCCUACCCAGAACGUCAGGUACACGCCCUCUCAGACCAUCCUUCUGAGUGUGAUCUCUCUGCUGAACGAGCCCAACACCUCCUCCCCGGCCAACGUGGACGCCUCCGUCAUGUACCGCAAGUGGAGGGACAGCAAGGACAGAGAGUACAGCGAGAUAAUCAGGAAGCAGGUAUUGGCCACUAAGGCUGAAGCGGAGCGCGACGGGGUGAAGGUCCCCACAACACUGGCCGAAUACUGUGUCCGCACACGCGCCCCGCCCCCCGACGAGGGCUCCGACCUCUUCUACGACGAUUACUAUGACGACGAGGAUCUGGAGGACGAAGACGAGGACGACUGCUGCUAUGAUGAAGACGACUCUGGGACGGAGGAGUCGUGACACGUCCUACCUGGGAACCUGGAUUGCUGACGCGUGCGUUCCCUGAACUCCCCUCCCGUAGGAGAGACUUUUCAGGAAGGACUACUUCACAUAUUUUAAACCUCUCACUUUUUCUAUCCUCAGAAUCCAAGCACACUGUCAUCUGUGCAAAGUCUGCACCUGUUAUUUGCAGGAAGUAUCGAUGAAACUAAACUCGACAUGCUACCUUAUGACCCUGUUUGACUAUCUGGAAAAACCAGGUGGAACCACUUGGUAAAUCAGGCACAUGAGUUGGCCGCCUCCUAGUCCACUCACACCUAUAGUCAGAAAGUGUUUUGCCUGAACAGGUGACUGAAGACUUCACCUGUCAUUGUGUCUGUGUGAGCGACACGCCACUGAACUUACAGCAGAACUUAUGUAUCUCCAAGACGAGGUUCUGUCUGGCUUCACUCCUCCCUUACAUUUCUGUGCGAGGGGAAAACUGACUGUCAACAUGGUGUUUCUGCAUGUCAGACAUCUUGUACACAAUCAUACAUGCCGGAAUACUGGUUUGAUUGAAUUUAGAAAAAAAUACUUUUGUGAUCAUGGACACACUAAUGACUGUCUGGUGGAACCCAGGAUGCACUUGAGCUGUGGGCCAAACCCAGUUUGAAUGUUUUAGCAGCGUUUCAACAACAUUUUGCUGGCCUAGCCGUAACUGUCUGAGGUGUUUUUCUGUUUGAGUGAGUGAUUCUAAAGCACUCAAUGUAAUGUUGUCGUGGUUCUCCUGCAUCUGGACAGAAUUCUCUGAGACCCAUACCUUUCUCCUCAAGGUUCUCCUCUACAAAGGAUGAUGGAGCCGGAGACAAGUCUUUGGUGUAGCCCAGCAACUGUAUGGACAAGGGGGAAAAGUGCUUUAUGGGUUUAGCGUAAUGAUUUGCUGUUUCCUGUUUUUAUUCUCCUUUCAUUGAGAAUUAUGCCAGUAGUCUUUGUUAGAGAAUGAUUUAAAAUGUCCUUGGGUCAUAGAGUCGAUCUUUGUGGUUUUCUGUAGGAAGAUUGUGUAUCUCUGUUGAAAAUAUGUUGUGGCAAUAUCAGUCAGCAAGCCUCGGGAAUUGGGGAAAGAAAAUGGCUGCCACUUUUGUUUUGACUUUUGUGUGUGGAGGGUGAUGUCAUGAAUCUCCAAGUAGAGAUGUGUUUGCGUGUGUUAAUCAGCAAUAUUGGAUGUUGCAUUUAUUCUAAUUUGGCUUAAUUUAACUUUAACUCUCAGGAUAUUUAAGAAUGAGAAAAAAAUUGAGAAUUUAAGAUACAGUGGUCUCUUUCCUGGUGGGCAUCAGAGAUAUACUAUAUAUACAAAAGUAUGUGGACAAGUCCUUCAAAUUUAGUGGAUUUGGCUAUUUCAGCCACGCCCGUUGCUGACAGGUGUAUGAAAUCGAGCACAUAGCCAUGCAAUUUUCAUAGACAAAACACUGGCAGUAGAAUGGCCUUACUGAAGAGCUCAGCAACUUUCAACAUGGCACCGUCAUAGGAUGCCACCUUUCCAACAAGUCAAUUUGUCACAUUUCUGCCCUGCUAGAGCUGCCCUGGGCAAUUGUAAGUGCUGUUAUUGUGAACUGGAACUGUCUAGGAGCAACAACGGCUCAGCCGCGAAGUCGUAGUCCACACAAGCUCACAGAACGGGACAGCCGAGUGCUGAAGCGCAUAACAAUCACCUGUCCUCGGUUACAACACUCACUACCGAGUUCCAAACUGCCUCUGGAAGCAACGUCAGUACAAGAACUCUUCGUUGGGAGCUUCAUGAAAUGGGUUUUCAUGGCCGAGCAGCCACACACAAGCCUAAGAUUAUGCGCAAAGCCUAGCUUCGGCUGGAGUGGUGUGAAGCUCGCCGCCAUUGGACUCUGGAGCAGUGAAAACGUGUUCUCUGGAGUGAUGAAUCACGCUUCACCAUCUGGCAAUCCGACGGACGAUUCUGGUUUGCAGAUGCCAGGAGAACGCUACCUGCCCGAAUGCAUAGUGCCAACUGUAAAGUUUGGUGGAUGAGGAAUAGUGGUCUCGGGCUAAGUUUCAUGGUUCGGGCGAGGACCCUUAGUUCCAGUGAAGGGAAAUCUUAGCGCUACAUCAUACAAUGACAUUCUAGACGAUUCUGUGCUUCCAACUUUGUGGCAACAGUUUGGGGAACGCCCAAUGAUGGAACAUCCAGUGGAACACCUUCCCGGAAGAGUGGAGGCUGUUUUAGCAUCAAAGGGGGGACCAACUCCAUAUUAAUGCCCAUGAUUUUGGAAUGAGAUGUUCGACGAGCAGGUGUCCACAUACUUUUGGUCAUGUAGUUUACAGUGACAUGUACCUUUACUGAUCUGCAUCUUUGGCUAUAUGGACCAUCACUUUUUCAUUUUUUGUUGUUUUUGGCCACUUUAAAACUGGAAAAAUAAAGCUCUUUAUUGGAAACAA